AUCCACAAAUUUUUAAUUGUCUGCUAACUUCAUGAUCAUAACUGCAGUAUCAUAUUAUAGUACCGCAAAAAAAUUUUCUUUGAAAGAAUAAAAAAAUUUAACUGUCAUUUUUCAUCGGCUAAAAUUGGCCCUAAAGUGACCAUAAAUGGUACAUUUACCCUAUAGCUUAAAUUAUACGCCCUUUUGGCUUUCAAAUUUUUUUUUAAAUUUCAGCUUUAAAAUAAAUCUACAAUAUUUAUUUAUUUAUUUAUUUAUAAAGAGACCAACAGCCAUAUGGCCAGUAACAGGGUCACAAUAAGACACAUAAGUAUAACAAAAGAUGAUGUGGCAUCGAGUAUUAGCAUACAAAAAAAAUUAUAGGAUAGAUCACUAUGAUUUGUCUUCCAAAAAAUAUAUAAAUAUAAACAAUAAUAAAAAAAGAUAUAAAGAAACAAAAUUUAAAUUACAUUUUUGAAGACAAGCUACUAGUGUAAAUAGUUACCAGUGCAAAAGUUACCAAUAUGAUUACCAAUUAAAAAAAAAUUAUACGCCCUUUUGAAUUUAAACUUAGGUCCUGAAAAAAUCUAAGCCCUCUUUGAAUUAGUGGCGCGAUAUUUUUAUAAAUUACUUACAUUUGCUUAUAAUUGUUUAUAUUAUAAUAAAAUAUUUUUUUAUCUUUUAUAUCUUGAAAUUUUUUUGCUUCGUAAUCUGGUAGCCGUUAGGCGAAUUUAUAACACGAAUGAAUGAAAACGUUGAUAAAUAAAAAUGACAAGUGUAGAAUUAGGCAGAAUAUAUAAAAACGAUUUGAAUAAAAAAAAAUAAAAUAAGAUAAAAAAUAAAGGAUCAUAAAAGUGAUAUAAAAAAUUAUUUGAUGAGAGUAGUAAGAAACUGUUGUUAAUAAGUGACGCGUGUACGACAGCUGGUUUUUAAAAUUUUUUUCGUCUUAAAGUCUCAAGUGCAUUGAAAAUUUUUCGAGUACUCGAGUGACGAAAGGCCGACAGGUCAAAAAAACUCAUUUACUUUUGCCCCCAAUGGUUAAAAAUUAUUAUUUUUCGUCUUCCCAAACCUGUCAAAGAAAAAAAAUUAACUAUCGCUUCUGUUAAUAUCAAUCACUUUGGGUAAAAAACCUCACACUAAACCCAUUGUAUUAAUUUUUUUUUAUUCCUCUAAUCUCAGUGCUAAAUAUUUAUUGUAAACUGAGCAACCGCGACUGUAAUGUAGUAAUUUUAUCUUUAUGUUAAUAUUAUUUAGAAUUAAAUAUUAUAACUUAUGGUAAAUAAAACUCAAGAGUCCAUACAAUUUGUACUAAUACUUAUAACUUACAAGAGGACAACGCACUUGAGUCAUUAACUUGUAAGCAAGUAAGAGUUGCAAGAACGAUAAAGCUCGAAAAAAAAGUUAAAAAAACGAGUAGUGAAUUUUAUAAAGGGACUGGAAUGAGAUGAAGAUGACGAACGAUCACACAGAUGUUUGGUAGCACCCUUAGUCCCCACAUGAGCAUUUUGGACCCCUAGUUGAUAUGAGUUCCAAGUGCAUACAGUUACAGAGUUUAAAGUUCUGAGUUAUCCGUUUAGUUCUCAGCUUCAUGUCUUCUCUUCUCUUCUCUGAUAUGAUAAGUAACGUAAAGUUCUUCAUCAAUAGGCUGUAAGCCACGCGAGUGGGCGGCGCAGAGACUUGGUCCUGCAUUCCCUUUGGGCCUUCGAACUUCGCUGAAGGGCUGGUGGGGAUGAAUAUCUUUGGAUUCGUCUUUUAAAUUUAUUCUAACGUCGCUGGCUUAUCUUGAGUCAGUUUACUCGCAUCUCUGGAUCAGGCCAGUAAUAGUCCUGUCAACUAACAACUUCAUGACUCCACGUGAGCAAGUGUUUACAUAAAUUUAACAACAAAUACUUAUACUUAUUUGUACGUCGAUAUGUACGCAGAUAAAUUUUUUGAUCAUACAUUAGAUAUCAACCGGUUGUCAAUUAUCGAAAAUACCCGGGAAUUUGAACGUAACUUUGAAAUUGAUCGAAAUACGCCGGCGAUUGUUGACGGCAGGUUUUCUUGGAACAUGUCUUCACCCCUGUCAACCUCCAGUCCAAGUGCCAAUGAUUGGGACCACUUGUCAUCGACGACAAUAUUUGAAUAUCCGCCUAGUAAUCGCGCCACUGCAUUAACUAUCGGAAUAAAUUCACCCGGUAGCACUGGAAGUGAAGUAAAUACUCCGACUUCCUGGACCGGGGGCUUCCCAGGAAGUGAUUACGGCGAGCAGUCCAAUGAUGAGACAAAUGACAACACUUGGGCAAGUCAACGACUGCCGCCUGUCAACACUGCGUUUUCAUUCUCGCGUAAUUUUUCAAAUGGUAAUAAUUUUUUUGAUGAACAUGAUCAGACUCAGUACCAAGAUUUAAAUGACUGUCAUGAGUAUCAAGACAGCAUGUAUGCUGAAGAACUGCGUCUUGAAUUACCGAAUAUGCCCAUUGAAUCGGUAUCUUAUCUAGAAGACUCACAGGAUUUUAGUUGUCUUCAGGCUGUCGAUGAAUUUGACCUGAGUCUUAUUCGCGGGGAUCCGACGACUCUUGUAUCAAAUGACACUUCAGCUGGAACUUUGUCGUCUUUUGCAAAUGACCGUAUUGAUAAUUCUCUUACUACCUCGACAUUUGAUCGUUUCGCUGUUGGUCACAUAAUUAAUAAUCCGAGUUCAGAUAAUAAUUUUAUGGGAUUUAAACCUCAAGAACAACAUGAUAAUCAGCUUGUGGUGUCACAGAACGAUGGACCGGUGCUGGAUAAACGCAACACUCAGACCAAAGGAAAUAAAAUUCAUGAAUGUCUUUGGAUUAAUUGCGGGUGUGUCUUUGACAAUCUCGAUGGCUUGGUGAGGCAUAUAGUGAAACUUCAUAUCGAAUCCUCUGCUAAUAACGGCCACGGCGGAAGAAGAUCCCACAAGGAUAAAGAUAAAGAAGCGGGAUCGAAUUCUUCGAGCGAUGAAUUUGCGUGCAUGUGGCAGGAUUGUCCGAGAAUGCGCCCUUUUAACGCGAGAUACAAAUUACUCAUUCACAUGAGAGUCCACAGCGGGGAGAAACCCAACAAAUGUCCGUUCGCAGGAUGCAAGAAAGCGUUUUCCCGGCUGGAGAAUCUUAAGAUUCACCAGAGAUCCCACACUGGGGAACGGCCGUAUGCGUGUCCGCACCGCGGAUGCACCAAAGCUUUUAGCAACAGCAGCGAUCGUGCUAAACAUCAACGAACUCACUUCGAUACGAAACCUUACGCCUGCCAAGUAACUGGCUGCGGUAAAAGAUACACAGAUCCAUCAAGUCUUCGUAAGCAUGUGAAGAAUCAUACAGAGAUACCUGGGCCAGUAAAUAAUUCCCAGUCGCUGCGAACUGUACCGAGCAAUUCAUCAAAAGUAAAUUUCCAAGAUGAGAUGAGUAUCGACAGCAAAUGGUCUGGUCUCGAUGUCAUUGACGACGAACCAGAGUUCGUUCCUUUUGAAACCGUAGGAAGACUACUCGGAGAUGAAGAAAAUUGCAUUGCUCUAGAUAGUAUAGCUUACGAUAACGGUAUCGCCGAGUGUCAAGAUUUGAAUCCAGAAAUUGAGCAGCAGUUUUUAGAUCUCAGUACUUUUGAUGAAACGGAUUUUAUUGACGGAUAAUAAUCAACAUUUAUUAAUAUUAACUAUCGAUUAAUUG